CUUCCCCCCCCCCCCCCCCACUCUCUCUCAGGCACACACAACAGCCCCGGGUAAAUAGGAAAGGACUGAUCCUCUCUGCUAUUUUGAGGAAGAGCGAAGGCUAAAUUAAAAGUGGUAUUUUAGUGCCUUUUCCCGUAUUUUUUUCGCUACACUUUACCCUCCGCCCUUACUACCACCCGGUAGAUCUCUUAGCUUGGGUUUGGAGGUUCAGGGAGAAAGUUUAGGCUUGUUAAUGUUACUGUCAAUUGUUUCUGGGGGGGGCGGGAUUGAGGGUGGGAGAAAGGUUGCUUUUUUUUUCUCCCCUUCUUUCCUCCCUGUGGUUCUCCUGGGUUAUUGGAGAAUAAUACUCCAAGUGACAGCCCGAAGUAGACUUUCUGCUUUUUUUACGCCGGAGAGCCUAUGAGAUAGAGAGCUGUAGAGAACCUUUUUUUUUCUCAUUAGACCUCGUCCGCAGUGAUUUUUUUCGCUUUUAAAGAAAAGAUAAUCAGCGACCACCCCCCCACACACACACCCCACACCCCCAAACAUCAUCUCAUUGUGGAGCUUAUAGUGCUUUUUGCUUUGUUUUUGAGAUUUUUUUUUUAACGUUUCACUUGUCAGAUCAAUUUUAUCCUCUCUCUACUCACUUCCCAGUCUCCUUCCUCCCCCAUCGAAAACCCUGUUCUCCAAGAGACAUUUGAAAAAAACAACAUUUUUUGAAUUCUGAUUUUUGCGCUCAUGGCUUCUCCUCAUCUUGACGUUUAUUUCUGCCCUUCCCCCGCUUAGUGGGGGAAGGGGGGGUGGGGGAGACAAAAUAAUACAAUUUAAGGGGGAAGUCGCCUUCAGGUCUGCUGCUUUUUUUUUUAAUAAUAAAAAAAAAAGGAUAUAGAAAAACAUCAGUCUUGAACUUCUUCCUCUUCAAGAUCUCGGGCUGCAAAGGAAAUCUCCUUUGUUUUUGUUAUUUAUGUGCUGUCAAGUUUUGAAGUGUGACCCCUCUCUGAACGUGUGGGCAAGAAAUUGCACUAAAAUGGAUUUCUAAAGGUGAUUUUUAGAGGCGGGACUGAGUAUGGAUCAUUUGAACGAGACAACUCAGGGGAAAGAACAUUCAGAAAUGUCUAACAAUGUAAGCGAUCCGAAGGGUCCACCAGCCAAAAUUGCCCGCUUGGAGCAGAAUGGGAGCCCAUUAGGAAGAGGAAGACUUGGAAGUACAGGAGCUAAAAUGCAAGGAGUGCCUUUAAAACACUCUGGACAUCUGAUGAAAACAAACAUUAGAAAAGGAACCAUGCUACCUGUUUUCUGUGUGGUGGAGCAUUAUGAAAAUUCCAUUGAAUAUGAUUGUAAGGAGGAGCACGCAGAGUUUGUGUUGGUAAGAAAGGACAUGCUUUUCAACCAACUGAUAGAAAUGGCAUUGCUGUCUCUUGGAUAUUCUCACAGCUCUGCUGCCCAAGCCAAAGGGCUAAUACAAGUUGGAAAGUGGAAUCCCGUUCCACUGUCCUAUGUGACAGAUGCCCCUGAUGCUACCGUUGCAGACAUGCUGCAAGAUGUGUAUCAUGUGGUGACAUUGAAAAUCCAGUUACACAGUUGCCCUAAACUAGAAGACUUGCCUCCUGAACAAUGGUCUCACACAACCGUAAGAAAUGCUCUGAAGGACUUACUGAAGGAUAUGAACCAGAGUUCAUUGGCCAAGGAGUGUCCCCUUUCCCAGAGUAUGAUUUCAUCCAUUGUGAACAGCACUUACUAUGCAAAUGUAUCAGCAGCAAAAUGUCAAGAAUUUGGAAGGUGGUAUAAACAUUUCAAGAAGACAAAAGAUAUGCUGGUUGAGAUGGAUAGCCUUUCUGAACUAUCCCAGCAAGGUGCCAACCAUGUCAACUUUGGGCAGCAGCCAGUCCCAGGGAAUACUGCUGAGCAGCCUCCAUCCCCUGUGCAGCUUUCUCAUGGCAGCCAACCAUCGGUCCGCACCCCUCUUCCAAACCUGCACCCUGGACUUGUAUCUACUCCUAUUAGUCCUCAGUUGGUAAAUCAACAGUUGGUGAUGGCUCAGUUGCUGAACCAGCAAUAUGCAGUGAACAGACUCUUAGCCCAGCAAUCCUUAAACCAACAGUACUUGAACCACCCUCCCCCUGUCAGUAGAUCUAUGAACAAGCCGUUGGAGCAACAGGUCUCUACCAACACAGAGGUGUCUUCCGAAAUCUACCAGUGGGUGCGAGAUGAACUGAAAAGAGCAGGAAUCUCCCAGGCAGUAUUUGCACGUGUGGCUUUUAACAGAACUCAGGGCUUGCUCUCAGAAAUCCUCCGAAAGGAAGAGGACCCCAAGACUGCCUCGCAGUCUUUGCUGGUUAACCUCCGGGCUAUGCAGAACUUCUUGCAGUUGCCGGAAGCUGAAAGGGAUCGAAUUUACCAGGAUGAAAGGGAAAGGAGUUUGAAUGCAGCCUCCGCUAUGGGUCCAGCACCUCUGAUAAGCACACCCCCCAGCCGUCCUCCCCAGGUAAAAACAGCGACGAUUGCCACGGAGCGGAAUGGCAAGCCAGAGAACAAUGCCAUGAACAUUAAUGCUUCCAUUUAUGAUGAGAUUCAGCAGGAAAUGAAGCGAGCAAAGGUGUCCCAAGCACUCUUUGCAAAAGUUGCAGCAACCAAAAGCCAGGGGUGGCUAUGUGAACUGUUACGCUGGAAAGAAGACCCAUCUCCAGAAAACAGGACCCUAUGGGAGAAUCUCUCCAUGAUCAGAAGGUUCCUCAGUCUUCCUCAGCCUGAACGAGAUGCCAUUUAUGAACAAGAAAGCAACGCAGUUCAUCACCAUAGCGACAGACCUUCCCACAUUAUCCAUGUUCCAGCAGAACAGAUUCAGAGCCCCUCUCCCACCACCCUUGUGAAAGGAGAGCCUAGAGGUACUUUCUCACCAAGCCUGCUGACCCCUGGACCAUGGCUGGGUGCUGCUCCACAGCAGCAGCAACAGCAGCAGCAACAGCAGCAGCAGCAGCAACAGCAACAGCAACAGCAACCCCAGUCCCAACAACAGCAGCCUGGGCCCCGCCUUCCCCCUAGGCAGCCUACUGUCGCUUCACCGGCCGAAUCAGAGGAUGAAAAUCGGCAGAAGACCCGACCAAGAACCAAAAUUUCUGUUGAAGCUCUGGGCAUUCUACAGAGCUUUAUACAAGAUGUAGGCCUGUAUCCAGAUGAAGAAGCAAUCCAGACUCUCUCUGCCCAGCUUGACCUUCCCAAGUAUACAAUUAUUAAGUUCUUUCAGAACCAGCGAUAUUACCUGAAGCAUCAUGGGAAACUGAAGGACAAUUCGGGUUUAGAGGUGGAUGUUGCAGAGUAUAAAGAAGAAGAGUUGCUGAAAGAUUUGGAAGAAAGUGUCCAAGAUAAAAAUGCAAACUCCCUUUUUUCAGUGAAAUUAGAAGAAGAAUUAUCAGUGGAAGGGAACACGGACAUUAAUACUGAUCUGAAAGACUAAGAUAAAAGUAUUAUUUUCAUUCAACAGUGCCACUGGUAUUAACUAAUUAAAUGAAAAUUCCAUCUCGCAUUCUCUCCGAUACCUUUGUUGUUCAUUGUUUGGCCAAUGAGUCUUCAGAAACUUGCACACACGCACACACGCACAGACACACCACAUAUACAAACACGCAUAUACAAGCAUACAGACACAUGAAAUGAAAAAAAAAAGGAUAAUGCAGACCGCUAAAUGUUUUACUCUGUUUUACAAACUGCUCUACAGCUACAGAUAAAGCAUUGAGGAUUUUUUGAUAUUAAUUUGUGUUCACUGGCUACACCCUGUUGUAUCCAAUAAGCAUGAUACCAGUGAUUUUUGAUUCUGGAGCUUUCAAAGAAGCAUUACAACUUAAGUGAUUAUUGUUUCAUUUUUAUUAUUAUUAUUAUUAAUUAUUAUUAUUAUUAUUACUGUAACACUCCACACUUGAUCUUUGGAAACUCACACUUAUUUUAAAGAAAAAGAGAGUUUGUUGCUCUUGCUCUAUUGUAUGUUACAAAAGAACUAUAUACUGUGGAAUGCAGUUUUAAAAUAACACACGCCAACAAAUGCCUUGUAUUAUAUGGCACUGCCGUAAUUCAGAUUUGUUUUCUUUUUUGGAAAUAAAAGGUCACUGUAAUAUUUUUUUUCAUUUUCAUUGUUACAUGAUUUUUAAAAAUGGAAAGAAAAUGUGAAACACAAUUUAGUCCUCAUUAUUUAUUUGUAGAUCCUGCAGCAUCAUGUUGUAAUUAAUUUUUUUUUGGAAGUUUCCGUUAAGUGUAAUAUUGCUUCUCUUGUUCUCAUACUGAUUCUUUUCUAUUUAUAAAUGUAUUUUGAUGGGCAGUAAAACAAAGUGUCUUAAAAGUUUUAAAUAGAGAAAAUGUGCUUUACACAGUUGCCUAUAAAAAGUGCUCGAUGUUAUCCAAGCAAUUCAUACUAUAAGCUUCACUCUUAUUGUUGUAUGCAAUUUUUACUAUCAUGCAAAUAAGCUUAGGUAAAUAAAACUAAUAGAUCACCUUAGAAACUUAUGCAAUUAAUGUGAAAAUAAUUGAUGUUUGCAAUGUGUCUUCCUUUGGUUUACAAUCAAUUUUAAAGCUACAUCUGUAUAAAUUUUCUGUACAAAGGUGUAUUUCUUUUUUAUGAGUUUAUUGCUAUGAAAACACCAGUUAUUUUGUUACAGCUGGCUGUUUUUACAAGUGUAUCACAAUUUUCUUUAUGCAGAACUGUUCUGACUAGGAGUGGUUAUUGACUGUAACUACACAAUUAAAAUUGUUUGUAUGGUAUGCUAUGGGAGGGUUUGUCUGCUUAUGUGUACUCACUGUAAAGGAGCUUGAAGGGAUUGCCCUCUCUCUAGGUGGCUGAUAGUACUCUCUCAGCAGGACCUUGUGGAUUUGAGAGAGCCUGUCUGAAAAGCUCUCUCAAGACUUGUAUUAGCCUUUGUAAAAUGUACAUGUUGAUGGCAUGUGUGUACGUGUGUAUGACACACACACACACACGUACAUUUGAAGCUCCACAAUGAAAAUCAUAACCUGCUUUGUCUUGACUAACAUUUUGCCUGCUAAACAGGGAUAGCAGGAUAGAUAGUCUGAGUCAAAAAGCUAUCAGGCACAAACAUAUUUACAAUCCCUAGCAGCAAUGCUCUAAUAAUGGAUACAGCUGCUUUUAUUUUAUGCUACGUGAAUUACACUCACACUUUUACUUCUAUUAAUGUAUAAACACUUUAAAAGGCCAUUAAUAGUCACAUAAAAUAAACAGAAAAAAAUGGCCCUUUAAGAAAAUUCCUUAGUAAGCAAGAUUUUGAAGAAUAGUUAUUAGCUGUUAGUAAUUCCAAAUAACUUUUGAGUUCAUCAAACUGCCUAUGUUCUUCUAGGUCUAGGAACUACUACUACCUUAGGAAUAUGAGAACACAAAACCUGAAGCCUUGAGGCUAGGCAUGUUACAUUAUGACUUCAUUUUCUCCUAACAUUGGUUUUAUAUUGAGUUAACUAAUCCUAGGGAGACUAAACCUUAGAUUACAGAGUAGCAAAAUUAAACAUGCUAAUUGUCAGAGAAUGAAGUGAGGAUAUAGUUAGAAAAGAUUUUAUUCAGAUUUUGAUUUUUUUGCAAUUAUUUUUGCCUAACUUCUGUUCUUAAUGUUUUCCUUAGGUUUUCUGAACACAGCUAAGGGGGGCUAUGAGUUUUCUUGAGAAGGGAUCCCUGAUUGCCCAUUUCCUUUCAGACCACCAUUUGCCCUACCCCAGAUGAUAUCUGGACUCCUUCAACAUUGAAUUUUUACUUAAGAAACUGAAUUGGGAGCAUUGGAAACUCCCAGUUCACCUUUAAACUACUAUUUAAUAUUGAAGCACAGCUAAGCUGCUCAAGAGGCAGUUGGUUUCCCACAAACUUCAAACUCUACCCCAAAAAGUUUCCAGUUCCUUUGAUUUAAUAAGACUUCAACUUUUAAUGCAUCUCAAUUCACUAUGAACCAAGAAGGGAAUCAUUUGAUGGAGGAGUUGAAAUUAGUGAGAAUAAAAACACUAGCCAAGUAACUAUAUUCCUCAUGUUUUUACUUAGAAAAAUAUGAUAUAUAAAUAUGUUUUUUCCCCAAAACUUCCCUUUUUCUCACUUCCUCUGAAAAGGGACUGGUGGUAGAGAAGGAAACUGAAAUAUUUUGGUGGUUGUGUGUGUGUGUGGGGGGGGGUUGUUUGUUUUGUUGUUUUUUUUAAUUUAAGGCAAGGUACCAAGACACACACCACAACACUUAAUUUUUGACCUGAAUCCCCAGCCUCCAGGUAAGGUUUUUCUUUCUCAUUCCAAAAGGCUCCUCAUUUUCUUUUGGAUUGGAAAAUAGAAUGGAUUGGUUCACUUGCAUUGUAAAUACUCACCAACAAUAACUGAUUACAUUCUUAAGAAAUAUCAUUUAAUUCCUUUAAAGGAAAAUGGUUAUAUUAAAUAAUUUGCCAAGAAGAAAUGAUGCUAGUAAUCUGAGGGGCCGUGGUGAGGCAAUGAGCUUAAGAGAGAGGCUGCUUUAGAGAAAGAUCAUACUUGGAUGGUACAUUGAUCUGGAUAGUCCUCCCUCGGUAUCCUGUAUGCAUCGUGACUGGCCUCUUAAAGGCACUGUGCUCUAGCAGAGCAUUUAUCUGGAGUCCAAGGAUCUGGCUUUGAAGCCCAGCCCUGCUAUUAACUACUAAUGACUGGGUAAGUCUUUCACAUCUGUAGACCUCAAUUUCCUCAUUUGUAAAAUGAGAGCCUUAGACUAGCUGGUCUCUGAAGUCCCCUUCCGGCUCUAAAUCCAAUGAUUUCUUUAUGUGCCAAGAGGUUUAUGUGCUAAAAGUCCAUUUAACAAGCUUCAUUAUGUGAAAAGUAUCUCAGAGACCUUUUAAAGGUACACAUGACAUAGCAUGCUGUACUCAAGUAGGUUGGCAGAGUCGGGUAGUUCAAAGAUGAUAUUCAGUCCUAUGAAUCUGAAUUUGUGAUGAACUCCUUCACUCAGCAUUCUCCCCCAAUAUGUAGAACACUCUGUGGUCAUACAUACCUGUAUACUAUGCAAAAAUAAUACUGUUGACAGUGUUUUCUUGGCCAGUAGUAUGCAGAGUUGAGACAUGCCUUCCUAGAAGACAAGGUAACUUAUGAGUGUCCUAAUUACAUGGUACUUAGUUUCAAAGAAUGUGCAUAAUGUGUACAUUGAUUAACACCUUAGGAUUUCUAAUGCCAAUCUUAAGAAAAAAUAUUUGUCAAAUAUAAAUGACUAUGCUUAGCCAAGUACAUAAGUUAAAACUAAAUAUUUUCAAGUAUCUUAAGGUUGGCACAGUGGAUACAGCAUUAGUCCAUAAGGUUGAGUCAUACACACUGGUAGGUAUCCAGCAACCAUCCAGUUCUACCCCACUCCCAGAUGCUAACAGCCAUUUAACAUACAAGUCUUUAUGUAUUGUACAAUCCUAUUCUUACUGAGUGGAGUGUACUUAACCGCCUCUUAAUGUUAUGAGAAAGCAAUUUCUAUAGAUGUGCACCAUUAGAUGAUGGAAAUGGAAUCCUAUGUAUAUGUGCAUAGGCCCUCAAUAAAAUGUGUUGAAUGAAUAUACCAUAGAAGAAGUCAAGCAAGCCAAAUUCUUACCUAUUAGGAUGUUAUCACCAUCUUUCUCCUACAGAUCAGGAAACUAAAAGACAUUAAAAAUGCAAUGGUCUUCUCUGAUCUCUCUCCCUGAUACUUCUUACCUUUCUUAAGCAAUUACAGAAUCUGAGUUGGAAGGGGCUUUCCAAUCCAUUCCAUGACACACCUCACAAGUAGUUAUCCAGCCACUGUUUGAACCCAGUGUCUCCCAAGGCAGGCCGUUUCACUUGUAGAUAGCUCUGUUGGUUAGGAAGGUUUUCCUUAUGUCAAGCCUAAGGAAUAAGAAAUCAAAUAAUCAUUUUGCCAACUUAAGGAUGCACAUGAUUUUCUUAGUAUCUCUUCUGAAGCAAUUUAUAUCAUUUCAGUGCAAAAGCUAAGUACUUGCAUGAUUUUCUGCAGUAGCUAAAGGAGAAGGCAUUAACAUGCAUAUUAUUAAUGAAAAUAUAUACGAUAUGCUCAUUAAUGGAGUGUGGUCAGAGGUAUAUAUCAACAUACUGUACCUGUGUUAUAAUUAAUUCCACAUGUUGAA